AUGCCGAUAGUGCGUAAAAGACGAGCGCCGGCCGCGGACGAUGCCUCCGAUGAAGAGCCUACUCCCACACAACGCCGCCGCGAGUCUCCAGUAUCCGACAUGGAGGAGGAAGACGAAGCCACUCAGGGUGGUCAGCAGCUACAACAGAUGACGAAGAAACUGGUGAGGAUGGCGUUGGCAUGCGAGUACGCCAGGAUACCCAUCCGCCGCGCAGAUAUCAGCGCAAAAGUUCUGGGAUCGCACGGCAGACAGUUCAAGACUGUCUUUUCCGAGGCAAAUUUGCAACUUCAAACGGUUUUUGGUAUGGAGAUGACCGAGCUGCUAAAGACGGAGGAUCACACAAUCAAAGGACGCCAGAAGGCCGCGGAAAGAUCGGAAAAGCAGAGCAGUACGACGACUUCCUACGUUCUCACCAACACCCUGCCGGAGAAGUAUCGAGGUUGGGAUAUUGUCCCUCCACCAAAAGUCCCUACUUUCUCUGAUGAAAGCGCAUACAUUGGACUCUACACUUUCGUGGUGACAUGCAUUACGCUUGCAGGCGGCAGGCUGCCGGAAUUGAAGCUUGACAGGUACCUAAAACGGACCAACGCAGACCAAACAACCCCAGUGGGCUCAACGGACAAACUGCUCGCCCGAAUGAAGAAGGACGGCUACAUAAAACUCAUCACAGACCGUUCGAGCGAAGACAAUGUCCGAGAGUGGGUCGUCGCAGGGCGCGGAAAAGUAGAAAUUGGAGAAAAAGGCGUGGCGGGCAUGGUGCAAGCUGUGUACCACGACAACGCGACAGCCGAACUGGACCGUAGGAUUGAGCGUAGCCUACAGAACGCACGUGCUAACGAAGCGCCCAACUCUACCGGACAAGGCAAUGCCGGGGAACAGGCUGGAGCCGGCCGAGGGAGGGGACGAGCGAGGAGACAAGAACAACAAGAUGGCGCCCCCGAGACGGACGAAGAGUGA